AACACUUGUAUCUUCUGGAUGAUGGCUUUGGUAGUUCUCCAAGUUUCCGCUCCAUACAGUAGAACUGUCUUGACAUUUGUAUUGAAAAUGCUUAUUUUGGUUUUGUUUGAAAGUUGUUUGGAGUUCCAGAUAUUUUCCAACUGUAGAAAUGCAGCCCUUGCUUUGCCAAUCCGCGCCCUCACAUCUGCAUCGGAUCCACCUUUCUCGUUGAUGAUGCUGCCCAGAUAUGUAAAGGUGUUAAUGUCCUCCAAGGCAUCUCCAUCAAGAGUGAUUUGGUUGGUGCAUGUUGUGUUGCAUCGGAGAAUUUUGCUCUUUCCUUUAUGUAUGUUGAGACCUACUGCUGCAGAGGCUGCUGCUACACUCGUCGUCUUCUCUUGCAUUUGUUGUUGAGUGUGCGAUAGAAGAGCCAAGUCAUUUGCGAAGUCCAGAUCGUCCAGCUGCGUCCUAACUGUCCAGUUGAUACCGUGCUUCCUUCCAGAUGUUGACGUUUUCAUAAUCCAGUCGAUCAUCAGGAGAAAGAGAAAGGGUGAGAGUAAGCAACCUUGCCUCACACCGGUCUUCACCUCGAAAGAGUCUGUUAGCUGUCCUUCGUGUACGAUUUUGCAGUUGAAUCCAUCAUAAGAAUUCCGUAUGAUGUUAACUAUUUUCUCAGGCACCCCGUAGUGUCGAAGAAGCCUCCACAGUGUUUUCCUAUCCACGCUAUCGAAUGCUUUCUCGUAGUCGAUGAAGUUGAUGUAGAGUGGUGAGUUCCAUUCAAUUGAUUGUUCCACAAUGAUCCGUAAUGUAGCAAUUUGGUCAGUACA